CAACAACAGCAGUAGCAACAACAACAUGUUCUAAAAAGAGGACGAUGCCGCCAGCAUCCGCGACCGGCUGGUCUCGGCGGUGGCUUUCGCGGCCGAGGCGCUGGGCGUCGAGGGUCAGCCGCUGGCGCUGCUGUUCUCCAGCGUGGAGAUGAGGCCCCGGAGAGGCACCGUCGAAGGAGGGGGCCGCCGAGGCCUACUCUGGGUGCUGCCGCGGCGCCUCCAUCGACCCCCUGGUGCCCCUGGCGGCCCUCCUCGCGGAGACGCUGCGCCGCGGGGGCUGCAGCGCUACGCUGCGCUCCGCCCUGAUGGACGCGGCCGCGGCGGUGGCUCCGCCCGAGGUCGCGGGCCGGCGCUUCCUGGGCAUGAUGGAGAGGCGGCUGAUCCGCGCCACGGGCGUGGCCGGGACUCUGGCUCCCGAGGUCCCGGCGCCCAUGUCAGAGUGCCCGAGCUCCACGGAGCGGGCGGCGGCGGCCCGCGCGUGGCACGAGGGUGAGUUGCCUGUUGGUGGGCUGGCCCCGGCGGCGACGGCGCGACGGGCGCAGGCGCAGAGCUUCCUGCCCACGGUGGACUGGUCGAGGCUGCUCGGGAGGGACGGGCGGGAACCGCACCCGAGCGACAAAACGCAGCUGCUUCCAGGCUGCCAGGCCCCACUGUACGGCGGUACUGUUGGCUUCGGCGUGCUUUCGGGGAUAUUGGGGAGCGCGUCCGCAUACUUCACCGCCAUUGCAGUCAAGGGUUUGGACGAAAAUGUGUUGUGCAACCCAGACUAUCACAAGUUCAUCCCGCCCAUGAAGCCCGUCUGCCAUGCGGUGAUGCGGAGCGAUCUGGACGAGAUGAUCGGUACCUACAUCGGCUCUUCUCAGGGUGCGCUAACGUUCUUCGUCGCCUGGGGUCUCUACAUGGGAUGGGAAGCUCACUCGCGCCUCUCCCUGCGUUACCAGGUCAUUCGCGAGCUGGCGCUGGAGCCCAUGGGCCCCCCAACCUCGCAGCUGGCCGUUGUGUGUGCCAGUGGCUUCCUCACGAGCCAGGCCGACGUCUUCUUGCCCUGGGAGGUGGACUCGGACAACCCAUGGACAGAAGGGCAGGUCUUCGCCGUGCGGUUCGACACCCCGGUGUUGCUGCGCCUUGGCACGCACCUCGUGGGACUGCUCUCGAGGGUUGCGAACCAGGCGAUGGUGGCCGCGCAGGUGGCGCUGGCCGUGUCCACCCCCCCGACCCUGUGCCAGACGCUCCUGUACUCCCUGGUCACGGAGCUCGACGACGUUUUCGACCUGGCCAUCAAGCGGGCGGAGAGCAGGCUGGGCGCGCGCUGGCCCAGCAGCUGGUCGUGCCCGUGCCGGCCCGGCCUGGCCCCCCACGGCCGGCCACCCUGGUCGGCUACUCCGUCGGCGCCGUGUUGGUGCACGCGUGCCUGCGCGAGCUGCGCCGCCUCGCGGACUCGGGACCUGGGCCUCCCGGACGGGGAUCGGAGCAGAUGGGGUCGGAGGACUGCGCCGCACCCCGCGUCGCCGAUGCAUCGACGAUGCUGGGCCCCUGGGCCGCGCCCCCGCGGAUGCGGGGCGUUUCUCCGCUGGUGCCCCGCGCAGAACGUCUCCGCGCGCUUGCGCACUCGCGGGCGCGGGAACGGCGCCCUUGAAUCCAGACCGUGAGGGGGCGGAUACGGCCAUGUUCGCCGUUGGCACGCCUGCUCGAUGCCCUGGAUGCCCCCGAAGAGGAUCAGCGUCACGUGAGCCGUCGACUCAUUCUGCAGUCCGUCAGGGUCUGGCCUUCUGUGUCGCAUCAGUGUCGAAUGCGUGUCGAACGCGUCGAGCCGCAGGGGCGCGAUCCUCCGACCCCAUGUGCUCCGACCCCAUCUGGGAGGCCUCCAGGCGAGGCGCCUCACGCGGCCGACGUCGUCUGCGACGUGGUGCUCAUCGGCGCGCCCAUCGCUGGCGGCACGGCCGCGGAGUGGGCCGCGCUGCGGCAGCUCGCCAGCGGCCGCUUCGUCAACGGCUUUCUUCCCACCGACCAGGAGAGCUCCGCGGUCAUGCCCAGAGGCGCUUCUCCGCGCCCUACGCCGGCUACAGGCCCCUCUCGAGCGUGCCCGGGGUAGAGAACGUCGUGCUCUCGGAGAGUUUGUGAGCACCCACCUCGAGUACGCCCGGCAGACGCCGGUCAUCCUGUCGCGCCUGCUCCAGGGCUGAACAAGGCUGCGCCGCAUGAGUGCCUCGCGGGCGCGGGCCUUCUCCCGGCGCCAGCGCAGGCGGUGUGCGGCGAGGCCGCCGUGGCCACAACGAGCCGCGGUGGUGACUCUGCCGUGCCAGCUGGUGCCCAGCGAGCGACCACCUGUUCCAGCGAGCAGCAGGGAACAAGCAGGCGGCACACGCAU